AUGGGAAAAGGAACGGAUAAGCUCUACAUCACACACUCAGAGUGGGCAUCAGAAGAUGCCUUCUCAGCUAGCGCAGGCGCAGGCGUCUCCAAGGCCAAAAAGGGUGGCCCGCACGCCGCAUUUAAACGCCUGCCAUUCAAUUUCUGCUCCCUCUCCCUCCAACCGUUUUCACAUCCGGUCUGCACACCCACGGGCACGCUGUUCGACCUUACAAAUAUUUUGCCAUGGAUUAAGAAGCAUGGGACGAACCCUGUUGAUGGGUCACCGUUGAAGGGGUCUGACUUGAUUAAGUUGACCAUUGCGAAGAACGAGGACGGCGACUACGUUGACCCGGUUACCUUCAAGAUCUUGACUGAUAACACACAUAUCGUUGCGCUACGGAAUACCGGAAAUGUCUUUGCUUGGGAUACCGUGGAGCGAUUGAACAUCAAGGGCAAAUUGUGGCGCGACUUGGUCACGGAUGAGGAGUUCAGCCGCAAGGAUAUUAUCACGCUGCAGGAUCCGCAGAACAUUGAGUCUCGCAAUCUCAGCUCGUUCAAUUACAUCAAGAAUGGAGAGACUGGACUUAUUGAGGAACAACAGGCCUCGGGCAGUGUCAACACCAAUGCGCUUGGCAGUUCAGCGAAGAUCCUGAAAGCGAAAGAGGCGGUUGCAAAGGCGCGCUCGGAACGCGCUCAGCAGGCUGACUCUGCUGCAGCUGGCUCUAAGGCUGUUUCAAAGACAGGAGCUGCAAGUUCAAUUACCAAGGCCGGAGGUGUGCAAGGUGGAAAGCCGACGCCCUACAAUGCUGCCAAAUUUACUACCGGAAAGGCUGCUGCUUCCUUUACCAGUACUGGUCUAACACCACACACAUCUGCCGAGCUUGCGCUGCUAUCAGAGGAAGAAUAUAUGCUGAAGCGGGGCCGGGUGAAAGGCAAGGCUUAUGCCCGGAUUGUGACUACCUCCGGACACUUGAACCUGGAACUGUAUCCUGAAUACGCACCGAAAGCUGUCUGGAACUUCAUUCAGUUGGCUAAGAAGGGCUACUAUAAGGAUGUCCCCUUCCACCGCAAUAUCAAGGGCUUCAUGCUCCAGGGUGGUGAUCCAACUGGAACCGGACGAGGUGGCGAGAGUAUAUGGGGGAAAUACUUCGCCGAUGAGUUUGAGGGUCCUCUCAAGCACGAUGCCCGAGGAACACUAAGUAUGGCCAACAAAGGCAAGAACACAAACAGCAGUCAAUUCUUCAUUGCUUAUCGUGCCCUUCCUCACCUCAACCUCAAACACACCAUUUUCGGUCGUCUAAUCGACGACCCAACCCCUUCAUCUACUACCUUGAACGCACUCGAGACCCACCCCGUGGAAUCAUCCACAAACCGACCAACCCCGGACAUCCGCAUCAAGGACAUCACAGUCUUCGUAGAUCCAUUCGAAGAGUUCCUAACCCAGAAACGCGCAGAAGAAGCGCGGAGCUCGGGAGCCGCCCAACCCGAGGAAGAAGAGGAGGCUUCGCGUCGUGUGGACGAUGACCGUGUUACUUGGACUGGCAAACGAGUUCGCGGUGCUGGUGCUGAAUCGGGUGAUGGUGGCUCUGGCGGUGUUGGGAAGUACUUGAAGGCGGCGUUGGCGGACCGGGAUGGGCAAGAGGAGGAUGAGAUUGUUGAAUUUGUGGACGAGCCAGUACCUGAACCUGCCCAUAUUGGUUUGAUCUGA